AUGUCCGUCGCAAAGAAGACCGUCCCAUACGUUCGCCUGGGCAAGUCCGGCCUGAAGGUAUCCAAGAUAAUUCUCGGGUGCAUGUCGUACGGCAGCAAGGGCUGGAGCGAAUGGGUUAUCGACGACCAGGAAGAAGUCAACAAGCACAUCAAAUUUGCAUAUGAUCACGGAAUCCAGACUUUCGACACGGCCAAUGUCUACUCCAACGGCCUGUCUGAGAUCAUGCUCGGCAAGGCGAUCAAGGAGCUGCAGCUGCCCCGCGAGGAGCUCGUUAUCCUGACAAAGGUCUACUUCCCGGUGGCCCCCAAGCACGACAUACUGCUCUACGGGGCAAACCCCGCGGAAUAUGGCAUUAUCAAUCAGCAAGGGUUGAACCGCAAGGCAUGUCACAUCUUCGACUCUGUGAAGAAGAGUCUGGAACGCCUGCAAGUCGAGUACAUCGAUGUCCUCCAGUGCCAUCGGUUCGACUCUGGGACCCCGAUUGAGGAGACGAUGCAAGCCCUCCACGACGUCGUGCAAGCGGGAUACGUGCGCUACAUCGGGAUGAGCUCCUGCUACGCCUAUCAGUUCCACGCGAUGCAGAACUACGCCAUCCAGAACAAGCUCACGCCCUUCAUCUCGAUGCAGAACCACCACAGCCUGAUCUACCGCGAGGAGGAGCGCGAGAUGCUCCCCACCCUCAAGUUGUUCGGCGUCGGCGCGAUCCCGUGGUCGCCCCUGGGCCGCGGUGUUCUCACCCGCCCGCUAUCUGUGCAGACGAAGCGCGGGGAGACCGACGGGUGGGUGUCCUCCGCUUUUGACCGUGUAUCUUACUUCUUCACUGACGCGGGUCUCGCUAGCUGGGCGGGACCGUACAAGCAGUGGGCGGGCACGUCUGAUAUCGUGAACCGGGUCGAGGAGAUCUCGAAGAAGAAGGGCGUGAGCAUGGCGCAGGUCGCGCUCGCGUGGAGCAUGUCCAAGGACGGUGUCACCGCGCCGAUUGUGGGCACGACGAGCCUCAAGAACAUGGAGGACCUCGUCGGUGCGGUCAACGUCGAGCUGACCCCGGAGGAGAUCAAGUCCCUCGAGGAGCCGUACAAGCCGCUGGAGAUCUUCGGGCACGACUGA